AUGUGUAUGAUGAUAGCCGGUCCCAGACAGCCAGGAAAUGACAUUCAUGUGUAUCUUGCUCCAUUGAUUGAAGACCUCAGGAAAUUGUGGGUAGAAGGGGUUGAUGUGUAUGACAGGAAUGCUCAGGAGACAUUCAGGUUGCGUGUAAUGAUUUUUUGCACCAUUAACGACUUUCCGACAUAUGGGAAUUUGAGUAGAUAUAGCGUCAAAGGCCACCACGCAUGUCCUAUAUGUGAGAAAGACACAAGUUACCUCCAAUUAAAGCAUAGGAAGAAGACAGUGUAUACAAGACAUCGAAGAUUUUUAAAAGCUUUUCACCUAUACAGGCGAAUGAAGAAGGCAUUUAAUGGCACAUCUGAGUUUGAAAGUGCACCGAUUCCUUUGUCAGGUCAUGAAGUUUUUGAUCGGGUGAAGAACAUCGUCACUAUAUAUGGGAAGACACAAAAAAAGGAUGGGUCCCACAACCAGCUUUGGAAGAAAAAGUCUAUAUUUUUUUAUCUGCCUUACUGGUGUCAUUUAGAUGUGAGACAUUGUUUAGAUGUUAUGCAUGUUGAGAAAAAUGUAUGUGAUAGUCUAGUUGGGACACUGCUAAACAUUAAAGGCAAGACAAAAGAUGGUUUGAAAUGCCGUCAAGAUUUAGUAGAGAUGGGCAUACGACAACAGUUGCACCCAGUUUCAAAAGGUGUUCGAACUUAUUUGCCGCCCGCAUCUCAUACAAUGUCAAAGACUGAGAAAAAAAGCUUUUGUCAUUGUCUGAAAAAUGUCAAAGUCCCACAAGGAUACUCUUCAAAUAUAAAGAGCCUUGUAUCUGUGAGUGAUAUGAAAUUGGUUGGCUUGAAGUCUCAUGAAUGUCACGUUUUAAUGCAACAAUUAUUGCCUAUAGCCAUCCGGGUUAUAUUGCCUGACAAAGUAAGGAUUGCAAUAACUAGAUUGUGUUUUUUCUUCAAUGCCAUCUGCAGCAAAGUAAUCGACCCAAAACAAUUGGAUGAUUUGGAAAAUGAGGCUUCCAUUAUCAAUUGUCAAUUGGAGAUGUAUUUUCCACCUGCAUUUUUUGACAUAAUGGUUCACUUGGUUGUUCAUCUAGUUCGAGAAAUACGGUUGUGCAGGCCCGUUUAUCUGCAUUGGAUGUAUCCGGUUGAGCGGUACAUGAAGGUAUUGAAAGGUUAUACGAAAAAUCAAUAUCGCCCAGAAGCAAGCAUUGUUGAAAGGUAUGUGGCUGAAGAAGCCAUUGAGUUUUGUUCUGAGUAUAUUGAAAAUGGUUCACCUGUUGGUCUUCCUGAAAGUCGUCACGAGUCCACCCGACAAGGCAGGGGUACACGAGGAUUCAAUGUUGUAACCAUGGAUCGGGAACAGGUCUCACAAGCGCAUUUAUAUGUACUAAACAACACUGCUGAAGUUAUACCAUACUUAGAUGCUCACAAGGAAUAUGUUGCAGCUUGUCACCCAAACAUGAAUAUGAUGCGCGUGUUGCAGGAGCACAAUAGGAGUUUCAUUAAUUGGUUUAGAAAAACAAUUUUUGGAAUUAACACUGCUUCUAAGACAUUAACAAUGUUAGCUGUUGGGUCUAAUCUUAAUGUCCUUACUUGGAAGGGGUAUGAUAUCAACAAUUAUUCAUUUUACACAAAAUUGCAGGAUGAUCACAGUGUUGUACAAAACAGUGGAGUCACCAUUGAUGCUCAUUCGGACCACUUUAGUAGUGUAGUGGAUAACCAUCCUAUUCGAGCAUUCAUGCCUUAUUAUGGACAAAUCAAGGAAAUUUGGGAGCUUGAUUAUGGUGAAUUUAGAGUGCCUGUUUUCAAGUGCCAAUGGGUUAAUGGAAAUGCAGGUGUCCGACAAGACAAAAUGGGGUUUACUUUGGUUGACCUUCAAAGGAUUGGAUAUAAUGACGAGCCAUUCAUCCUGGCAGCACAAGCAAGACAGGUGUUCUAUGUUGAAGAUCCCAACGACUCAAGAUGGUCAGUUGUUCUUCAGGGGAAAACAAUUGGUAUCUCUCCCGAUAUUGAUGCUUCAACCCUUGAUGUUAACGACAUGCCGACCUUCUCCACAGAAAUGCCUCCCGUAAAUGAUGAAAAUGAGGAGGAUGAUGUAUAUGCAAAUCGUAUCGAUCAUGAUGAAGGCAUGACAACACCCCCGAGGUCCCCUCCACGACCAGAUUCUCCUACGGAAACCACAAAAAAGAAGACUAGACAAACUACCAGGAUGCGAAGGUUGACUGCCAAAAGCUUAGAUCAACCACGACCAACUGUCCACAUCAACCCUUCUACUGGUAGAGGAUCUGGCCCUCAUAAAGAAAAAUUUCAUAGUUACCUGGGGGUAGUGGCACGGGAGAAAAUCCCUAUCGUUCAUACAACUUGGAAGGAUGUCCCAGAAACUCUAAAAGUUCUUGUAUGGGAUGACAUUUUGAAAAGUGAUGUAAUUGAGUCUAUGCAAUUCGAGGCAUCCAACUUCAUUGAUAUGUGA